CCCCAGAGUUCUAAGCACCAUACCGACUCGAAACACCCUCCAUCUUGCACUCGCUCUGCUAUCGUCAUCAUGAAGAUUCCCGUGGGAGCUGACGCUGGUGACAGCAGCUUCAUCGUCGCCAGGCUCGAGUCGAUCUUGUCGCUGACCGGUUACGUGAUCCCCACGGUCGUCGUCGGCGUCAUUGUUCUCGCAAUCAUGUAUCCUGAUCGUCUCGCCUUCACCAGACCCCAUCCCAAAGCUGUAUAUGUGCCGCCAGGUGCGCUGCCUAUCCUCGGCCAUACGCUCGAGGUCGUCAAAUUUGGAACCGCACGACAAUUCGAACGCUUCCAUGAGAUGACGCUGAAGUCGCCCAUCCAAGCCUUCAGGCUCUCCUUUCUCGGCCCCAGCGCAAUGACGAUGAUCAACCGGCCAGAGUACAUCGAGUACGUUCAAAAGGUCAACUUUGACAAUUUCGUAAAGGGAUCGCAAUUUCGAGGCAAGUUCGGCGACCUUCUGUCGACUAAUGGCAUCUUCGUCGCCGACGGCGACGUGUGGAAGUCGCAGCGAAAGAUGGCAAGUCACAUGUUCAGCGCCCAUCAAUUCAACAAUCAUGUCCGCGUCGUCAUUCACCAGGAGCUGGGCCGCAUCGAUGCGCUUCUCGAUGCCGUGGCCCACUCCGCCAAGGACCAGAGCACCGUCAACCUUCCCGAGCUCUUCUUCCGGUACACCCUCUCGAGCUUUUCCAAAAUGGCCUUUUCGGCAGAUCUCGAUUGCCUUUCGGCCGACCCUGCAUGCCUCGAGCGUCCGGUCCCUUUUGCCGUUGCCUUUGACUAUGCCCAGGGCGUCAUCAAUGAACGAUUUGUCAACCCGCUCUGGAAGAUUGCUGAGCGAUUCUCAAAAAAAGGCAAGCGCAUGCGCGAGAGCAUCAAGGUCAUCAAGGACUUUGGCAAUUCGAUCAUCCAACAGCGCCUCAAAAGCAUUCAUUCAUCUGACAAAGGAACAGACGCGGAUAGCAAGACAGGGGGCAAAGAUCUGCUGGAAUUCUUCAUCGAACAAGGCCUGAACGACCCCGAUGACCUCCUCGUCGUUGUACUGAACUUCAUCAUCGCCGGACGCGACACGACGGCGCAGGCUCUCAGCUGGUUCUUCUACGAGAUGAUGGCUAAUCCCCAACACAUAGAGGUAAUUCGUGACGAAUGCGAGGCCGUCCUUGGCAAAGACGCCGCUCAGGACCAACAGUUCCUGAGCUAUGAAGACCUUCGGAAGCUUCCCUACACUUUGGCCUGCAUCAAUGAAACGAUCCGACUGCACCCACCAGUUCCCAAGAAUGGAAAGAUGGCGGUCAAGGACGAUGUUAUCAUGCCGCAGGGUCCCAAUCCCGACAAUCUGCCGCCGAUUCCUGUCCACAAGGGCGAGAUCAUUGGCUGGUCCGACUGGGUCAUGAACCGUCUACCCCAAGUCUGGGGCGAGGACGCCGAAGACUUCCGGCCUGAACGCUUUCUUGUGCAGGAUGACAAGGGGCCCGUUGGCUGGAGCUACACCCAGCAGAGUCAGUGGAAAUUCCAUGCAUUCAACGCCGGACCAAGGCUGUGUCUAGGCGUCAAUCUAGCCCACUACGAGGCGCUGGCAUUCGUGGCCGCUACUCUAACCAAAUUCGAUUUUCACUGGGCCACGGAGGCCCAAGGCCAAAAGAGUGAAUGGCCUCCUCGCUACGCGAAUUCAGUCACCCACCCGUUGAAGGUGCCCUACCUUUGCACCGUGACGCCGCGCAGAACCUGAUGAUGGAGGGGAGAUAGAUCUCUUGUCCUUGUAUAUAAAAAUGGCAGUAUGAUCAUCAGGACUACGCUACGUUCUGCCUGUGAUUCUGUCGAGUAAUGAAAAU